AGCUGUCUACAUGGGCGGAGGUACUUGUACGCACCAGAUAUUCCUAGCAAGCGGCUCACAGCAGGAGUCAAACUCGAUAUAGUGAUCCUGUCGCAACAUGAAGCGCGCCUCUACAUGAACCUAAAAAUUAUCCUAUCUAGAACUUUCAAAAAUAUUAUUUGGUCUUAUCCUCGUCCCGAUAAAACUGCUCAUCAUGCUCUUCUCGCCCAUAAUCCUUCCGAUUCUCUCUUUCCUGGCCUCAUUCGUGGUCGCCGCGUCCUCUUCUGAACAGGCCGCAAUCGACAUCCUCUACUGGCCCGUGGCGUCUCAUCAACCCUCGACCCUCGCUCACGUAUCAUACGAUCCAACAUCUUUGGAAUCAAAAGUCUUGUCGUAUUCCCCUCCCGCCGCGAGCCGCAAGACUACAGAUGCCGAAGACCACAUCGAUAAGCUCGUCCGUGUUGGCCUAUACACAUCGACCCCAGCUAACCCCAAGCAAUGGGUUGGAACCGUCACUUCGUUGUCGUCUCUCACGGGGGCUGGUGAUGCCAAACCGACGAUUCAGCUUCAUUUGGGGCCUUCGAAUGAGGUCUACCGUGUCUCCUUAAGACUAUCGUCGUCCUUGUCUUCGAGUGAUGCCACAGAAGGAAUCAACCCGGACGCUGAACUGGUACGUACUGAAUCAGGACCACGUCCACAUCUCAACCGGCCUAUCGUGUUUAGUCCAGAUGGACAGGGCCCACAGGAGGUUGUCGAGAAGACAUUCUUCCAAAAGUAUUGGUGGGUCUUCCUCAUAGUAACGUUUUUGGCAAUGUCUGGUGGUGGAGAGGGUCAACAAUAAGCACUACUUACAGGGUACUGCAUAUAAUCUAACAUAUUACUUUAUGGAGAAGAGUAUGUCCUUUGCAAAGUAGUCGACGGUCAUAUCACAUCAUUUCCCUGCGAGCCAUUUUAAUAUAUUUCUACUUGGGGUGCUUCGUCGUGAAAAUUCCACAAGCCUACAGUGAUCAUUGUAGUGUGCAUCUAAAUU